AUUAAAACUAGUUAUAAUAAUCUAUGUUUUCCAAUCCCAAUGUGAAAAGUAGUAUCUCUCUCCAUGUUCUCCAAAGAAAAUACAGAACACAACUUUCCCCACUUUUGCGAUUUCAAUCCUCUCUUGUUCUACCGCCAACAAGGAACCUUUGCCGCCUGCCCGCCGUUCCAUUCUUGUCUUCUCCGGCUCUUCUUCGCCACCAGAUCACACCAGCCGCCCAACCGCCAAAGCUUUGAGAUUCACUGGCUACUCAAAUAAGGGAACUAUGCUCGUGCUUUGCUGGGAUACAAAAGCCCUAAAUUGAAAAUUUACCAAAAUUGACACAGAUCUCUCUUACUAAGAUCAAAUGGAAAGAUACUACUCAAAAAAGCCAAAGAUUACUGCCUCAAAUGAAUGCCAUGAAUAUGAUGGAAGCAAACAGGUGGAAGCAAUCUCCCAUCCAAAUACCCAAUCACAAGCUCAAGAAUCUUUAUUGGUCAACCAAACUGUGCAAGUACAGCAAAGAGAGCCCUUCCUACUGAAUCAAAUUGUGGAAUUUGAUGUGAAUGAUUUAGAAGCUGAUCCUGGGUUGAGACCAAAAAUCUCAAGUUUCCACCCUAAUGUCCAA